UGUCACACGUGGUGCGUUGCAGAGAAUCCGGGAUUGUUCACGAAAAUCUUUUGAUAAAUCAAGUGUUUACGUGGUUUGGGUACUUUGAUUGUUAAAGUGGUUUUUUCGCUGUCGAUAGAGUGAGUUGUUUUGAGACAUUUAUUUGUAGCCGGUAACCGCUUUUUAAAUUUUUUUAAACUAAAUGAGGUGAUAAAUAGAACUUGGUGAAAUUUUUGCCGAAUUUGCAGUUUUACAUAUUAAACAGGAUGCCUCGCUGCGCCACACUUCCCCAUUACAGUGUUCCUCGAGACACUCCUCCUCGAUCACCAUGUAGUCCUGCAAGUAGUCCAAUUGCAGGAAUAUCCUCUAGAAGUGUUAGUCCAUCCUCGCCUCGAUCACCGAUAGCUGCAUCGAGGCAUAGCGCAUUUAGUUUAGUUUAUCCCAAAGAAUUACAUAGGAAUAAAAAUUAUUUAACUGUUAAUGGAAUGAGUGCCUUAAUGUAUGCGAAUUCCUUGAACCCUUUAGUAGGCACCACAUACCCUUCGUAUAUGUGGCAUCCAAUACCAGGAUUAUUUCUACCUUAUUCGCCAGCGCAUAGACCUGAAUCGUUAAGUCCUGACCAAUCUACAUCCUUGGAUAAAGGCUGUUUCUCGGAUAAAAGUAAACAAGAUGACGACGCACCUCUCAAUUUAUCCCUCAAAGGACGCUCGAGAACACAUAGCAUAUGGUCUCCUGGUAGUUUAUGCGAACAAGAAAUGAAAACGACUGAAAUGCGACCUGAUUCUAGUGUAACUACAACUAUAAUUAGUCCUGUAAAAAAUAUAGAAAAUAGAUGGAAAUGGGAUAACGAAAGGGAUAUCCACAAUAGGGUGCCGACGAUAGGACCGUCAGGAGAGAAACAGUUUACUUGUCAGCAAUGCGGUAAAUCGUUCAAACGUUCCUCCACCCUCUCCACCCACCUGCUCAUUCAUUCGGACACAAGGCCGUACCCGUGCCAGUACUGCGGGAAAAGGUUUCAUCAAAAAUCCGAUAUGAAAAAACACACCUACAUCCAUACCGGUGAAAAGCCACACAAGUGCGUUGUUUGUUCGAAAGCGUUCAGCCAAUCAUCUAAUCUCAUUACGCACAUGCGCAAACAUACUGGAUACAAGCCAUUUUCCUGCGGACUCUGCGAGAAAGCAUUCCAAAGAAAGGUCGAUCUAAGACGUCACAGAGAAUCGCAACAUCCUAGUGUACCAGAAUCAAUAAUUUCUAGUUUGUAUAGGUCGACUGAUUUGAGUAUGGAUGAUAUUAAAACAGAAGUGAGCAGCAGUAAUUAAAAACAAAAGACUUGAUGGAAAAGUUAGAGAAAAUUUGUAUAUGAAUGGCAUAUGAGCUUAAAUGGUUUUACUUUUCUUGCUCUCCGAUAAAUAACAAAUUAGUAAACAUAAAAAACUGCAUUCCCAAUUUCAAUAAGAGAAAAUUAUAAAAACGGUAUCUCAGAACAAUCCUUUACAGUAAUAUGUAAGUUAGUUAUACCAAGAAUAGAAUAAAAUUUAAAACAAAAUUCAAAAUAGUAAAAGAUUUAUAUACUCUGCUUCAUUUAUUAUUUAUUAUUUAUUUACUACAAAAAUCGAACAUUUUGGUUUGUUUUUAAAAAAUUGUAAUUUGAAAGUGCCAUUAAACAUAUCUAAUCCCGUGUCUUAAGGUUGCCAUUUUUAAAGAAUUUGAUGGCCAUUCUGAUGCCAUAUUGUUUUUUUGAAUCGAGUCCGUCCAGAAAUAACCAAAGUAUAAAAAUAUACGCUUAGAGUUAGGUCACAUUUGUACUAGUAACAUUUGUUUUCGGUUGUAUAUAUUUGUAUUUGUACAUUAUUAAACUCUUUUCACUGUUGCCAGUUGUUUUGUCCAUAUUUUGUAUAUAACGUUCGGGACUUUGACCAGUCUAGUCUAAGGUAAAAACAAAGAUUAGGAAGUGAAGUUUAUCAAAAAUAUAGCGUGUUACUUAAGUUCCACUCGAAAAUGCAAUUUCUGUUAAAUGUAGUUUUUUAUUGUGAUAUUAUGAACACAAAAAAAGUAAUUCGCUAGCAGUGGCGGCUUGUAACCAAAAUAUUGGUGGUUCACAAUAACAUAAUAUAGAUUCCAGUAAAUGUUAAGGUAAAAAACUUUCAGUGUUUAUAAUAUACCUUUCCCAAACACUUAAAUCUGUACUGAGGUCUAUAUUUUGUUAUUAUGAACCCACAAAAUUUUGGUUACGAGCCGCCACUGUCCCUAGUAUGCUCAAAAUGAAGCAAGUAAUAUUUUAUCUGCAUUAAAUGCACAGAAGGGAAGUACCAAGUCUUUGUUUCUUUCAUCCAUUUACAUUUAAGCGUUGUUGUU